UUAAAAUUAAGAUGGAGAAGACUAUGAUGUGUGGUCUCGCAGAAUCACAGCCAAGUCAUCUCCACUUCCAUGGCUACUCCUUUAGCUGCUCCUCUCUUCUCUCCUUUCGCUCUUUCUUCAGCAAGAAACCGCCAUUCAUAUCCCAAGAUCCGAUUCCCGUCGAACAAUGGGAAGACUUUCGAAUCCAAAGGACUCCCGAAGCUAAAUCUAUCGAAAUGUAGUAAACUAAGGAGCAAGUUUAUGCAAAUGGGUUCCCGAGAGAUGACUUCUGGGAGAAAACUCUCAGUACAGGCCAUGGAUGGUGCAGGGACAGGCAACACAUCAACGAUCUCUAGUAACGUGUUGGCGAUAGCGCACUUGUUGGUGUCGCUUGGGAUCAUACUAGCGGCAGACCAGUUCUUGAAACAGGCUUUUGUAGCAGCCUCCAUAAAGUUCCCAAGCGCUUUGUUUGGGAUGUUUUGUAUAUUCUCUGUUCUUAUGAUAUUAGAUUCCGUUGUCCCCGCUGCUGCAACAGGUAUGAUGAACUUCUUCGAGCCAGCGUUUCUGUUUAUCCAGAGAUGGCUUCCUUUGUUCUACGUUCCUUCUCUUGUGGUCCUCCCUCUUUCCGUUAGAGAUAUUCCGGCUGCUUCAGGCCUCAAAAUCUGCUACAUUGUAGCUGGUGGAUGGUUGGCGUCUCUUUGUGUAGCAGGUUUCACAGCUAUAGCAGUGAGAAAAAUGGUGAAUACCGAGAUGACGGAAGCUGAGCCUAUGGCAAAACCUUCUCCAUUCUCAACACUUGAGCUGUGGAGUUGGAGUGGAAUCUUUGUUGCGUCGUUUGUCGGUGCUUUGUUUUACCCUACUUCGUUGGGAACAAGUGCAAGGACUUGUCUCCCUUUCCUUCUUUCUUCCACUGUUCUAGGUUACAUUGUCGGUACUGGGUUGCCAUCUUCUAUCAAGAAAGUAUUCCAUCCGAUCAUCUGCUGCGCUUUAUCUGCACUACUCGCCGCUCUAGCUUUUGGGUAUGCUUCCGGAUCUGGACUUGAUCCUGUUUUAGGAAACUACCUUACCAAAGUAGCAUCAGAUCCUGGUGCUGGUGACAUAUUAAUGGGUUUUCUUGGCUCUGUCAUUCUCUCUUUCGCUUUCUCCAUGUUCAAACAGAGAAAGCUUGUGAAGCGGCAUGCAGCUGAGAUUUUUACGUCUGUGAUCGUUUCAACAGUAUUCUCUCUCUACUCCACUGCUCUUGUUGGACGUUUAGUAGGUUUGGAGCCAUCUUUAACGGUUUCAAUCCUACCUCGCUGCAUCACUGUUGCGUUAGCACUUAGCAUUGUAUCACUCUUUGAAGGGACCAACUCGUCUCUUACAGCAGCUGUAGUGGUUGUGACUGGUCUGAUAGGAGCUAACUUUGUACAAGUUGUUCUUGAUAAACUGCGCUUGAAUGAUCCUAUUGCUCGUGGAAUCGCAACUGCUUCAAGUGCUCAUGGACUUGGAACAGCAGCUUUGUCGGCUAAGGAGCCAGAGGCACUUCCUUUCUGUGCAAUUGCUUAUGCUCUCACUGGAAUCUUUGGAUCGUUACUCUGUUCUGUCCCUGCCGUCCGACAGAGUUUGCUGGCUGUCGUCGGCUAAGAAGUGAUGAUGUGGCGACAUACAAUUGGUGGUGGCCCUAGAAGCCGGCGAGUUACUUCAAUAUGGGAGCUGUUUGGUUUGUAUGUGAAACAAAAGCUUGCAUCAUAAUAUUUUCAUUCUGUUGUGUAUAUGUAAAGAAAACAAAAUAUGUAAAAUUUAUUAUUUUAAUUGAGACAAAAAGCCAAUUUUCUC